AUGGAGCUGAUGAGCCUGACCUGGGGCAAGGAAGGGAAAAGGUCGGGGCCUGAAAAAACGGCCCAGCCGCGGACAAGAGUGGUCGCUCCUUCGUCAGCAAUCCUGUCUGAAAAGGGGAAGGCACCACAGAACUUCUUCCAUGAAGCCAGACCUCCUCCAGAGCACUCACCAGCUAUCAGACCUCCUACCACACUUCCUGGCGCAGUAACUGCACACUGCCCAUGUGGCACUACAGGAACAGAACCCUCAGCUCACUGUGGGGCACCUCCUCACCUCUCUCCAUGUGCUGCUCAUGCAGCACAACCCCUCCCAACUCCCUGCACACCAUGCACUGCUGCUUCCGGUGAUGGGACACCUGUACCGACUGGUGGGACUGAAUCAUCAUGGAGUGGUGGGACAACAAGCAUUGGCUACAGAACUUCCAUGUGCAGAAGGACACCUUCCUGGAGCUCUGUAAGUGACUCACCCCUGCCCUCAGGCAAUGGGACACCAACAUGCGACCCCACACCUCCCUUCAGAAGUGUAUCACCAUUGCACUUUGGAAACUCUCCACAUCAGAUAGCUACCACGCCAUUGGAAAGCAGUUUGGCAUGGAGAGAUCGACUAUCGUGGCCAUGCUUAUUCAGGUGGUGAGGGCCAGCAAUACCAUCCUGCUACACAGGGUGACGUGGACCCCAUCAUCACUGGCUUUGCCACCAUGGGCUUCUCCAACUGUAGGGGAGCCACUGACAGCACUAGCAUCCAGCUAUUUACAGGAUGGGCCUCCAAUUACAUCAACCGGAAGGUGUACUUUUCAAUGGUGCUGCAGAUCCUCAUGGACCACUAAGGCUGGUUCACAGACAUCAAUAUCAGGUGGUUGGGGAAGGUGCACGACACCUGAGUCUUUAGGAACUCCAGCCACUUCUAGAGGAUGCACAUCGGCACAUUUUUUCCCAACUGCACUCAGAGUCAAGGACGUGAAAAUGCUGAUGUGCAUCGUGGGGGACACAGCCUACCCUUUGCUCCCAUGGCUAAUGAAGCCCUACAUGGGACGCCAAGGAACAUUUCAACAGCAGGCUCAGCAAAGUGGAGGGCAUCUUCAGGGGUUUGAUGGGAGGUUCUGAUGUCUCCUCACCCGCCUGGACCUUGGUGAACAGAAUGUCCCCCAGGCAGUGUUGGCCUGCUGUGUCCUGCACAACCUGUGUGAGAACAAAGGGGGAGACAUUCCUGCCAGUAUGGGGCACAGAGGCCAAGCAGCUCAAAAGGGCCUUUCAGCAGCCAUGCACCACUGCCAUCCGGCAGGUCCAUCAGGUGGCUGUGCCCUGAGAGUUUCAGAUGAGGACACCUGUGAUACUCUCCCCUGGGCCUCUCCAUAAGGGGCCUCUGCAUUGCCCCUCUGUACCUUUCCUCUCACACCCUUCCCUUCCCCUGUCCUCCC